GACCAAUCAGCGAGUGAUACGUCUUACGACGACAAGCGUGUCUAACGGCCCGCCUUGACGUCGUUCAUUGAAGAAGAAGAGGGACGGUCUCGGCAUACAAUCCUGAGAAGAAAUUCAAUCAUGUCGGCGAAUCUUUGUAAGCUUUUCGUCGGGGGGCUGAACGUGGAGACCACAGACCAGGGCCUCCGCGCACAUUUCGAACAGUUCGGUAGUCUCACCGACUGCGUUGUUGUCCAGAACCAGCAUCUAGGUCGGUCCCGAUGUUUCGGCUUUAUCACUUACUCCUCACCGGAGGAGGCCGACGCAGCAAUGGCGGCUAAGCCACAUGUCGUCGACGGCAAAAGCGUGGAGUUGAAAGUGGCCGUCGCCCGGGAGGAUGCAAAUAACCCCGACAUCGUCGCAAAUGUGAAGAAAAUCUUCGUCGGAGGUGUGAAAGACCACAUCGAGGCUGAAAACCUGACCGAGUAUUUCUGCCAGUUCGGAGCGGUUGAGAAGGCCGAGAUCAUCUCCGACAAGCAGACCGGUAGGAGGAGAGGCUUCGGCUUUGUCUUCUUCGAGGACAUCAACUCCGCCACUAAAGCUGUGCUGUCCAAAUACCACACCAUCAACGGGAACAAGGUGGAGGUGAAGAAAGCUCUGACCAAACAGGAGAUGACCGCCGGUGGAGGAAGAGGAGGAGGCAGGGGUCGUGGAAGAGGGAUGCAGAGCUAUGGCGGCGGAAGAGGUGGAGGAUACGGAGGCUACGGCGGUAAUUACGGGGGAGGCUACGGCUAUGGAGGUUCCUACAACGGUGGUGGUGGAGGUGGAGGAUACGGGGGCUAUGGGGGAUACGAAGAGUAUGACAACCAGAUGGGGGGUGGUUACAGCAAUGGUGACUUUGGGGAUGGGUACGGACAGCAGUCCUCCGACUAUGGUCCAAUGAAGGGGGGCAGCUACUCCUUCAGGAGCGGAGCUCCCUACAACAGAGGCGGCGGAGGGGGCUACAACAGGGGGGGUGGAGGUGGUGGAUUCGGUAGUGGGUAUUAGUUCUCCCCUUAGAUUUUUUUUAAUGUUCAUCGGGGAAAAUCUACUUAACUGAAACGUUAAUUCUCACACAUUUAGGGAUGCACCUAUACCAAAUCUAAGUACUUAAAGCCUUGAAACAUUGCCGAAACGUUGCAUCUAAAUUUAUUAGCAGGCAAGUUUGAACCAUGUUUGAUGUAGAUUUAACUAGCACGGCCAGUGCAAUAAAAUUGCGUAUACCUACAGGUUCUUGUGAUCUUGAUUGAUUGCAUCAACAAUAUGAUGAUAAAGAUUACUGAGAAACCUUCCAGGGCAAGUUUUAAAAGCGGCUGCAGUGAGUUAUGAACAGAGAUACAUCUUGUCAAAGUGCAACGAAUCCAUGUCUGAUUUUUUACACAUUCUUUUACCUGUGAUGAAUCAAAAUUACUUUGUCACCAUUGAUUUUCAAGUUACAGAGCUAUGCACCGCAAAUUUGUCAUGGAGAGGGUUAGAGAAUAUCUGAUCAAUUUUAGGAAAUGUAACAUUUCUAUUUAUUCUCAAUAAUAAGGCAUACCCAAAUGUUAGUACUUGGUCUGAGAAAAAGAUGGUAUUGGUGCAUCUCUACAUGCAUUACACACAAGCCCAGGUGGGGGAGAGGGGUCUUUGUUGAGCUCAGUUAAAAGGAGCAGAGCCCAUCACCCACCCUGAAUGAAUGAGACUGUCCCCUUGCAUCAUGCCCCCCCCCCCCCAUCCAUCCAGACCCCAUCUGUUCUCCUAUUCCACACAUUAUGGACUUUACUACUAAGACUUGUGAAUUAUUGGAUCGUACUUUUGUUAUGUUGGGGAAAUAUUUGUUUUGAACCAUUUGUAAAGCCGUAAUUAAUGUCAGCCACUGCUUUCUCAGAGUGUUUGUCUUGCAAACCAGCCACAUGUGUCUGUUAUAUUUUUUUUGCAUCAUGAACUCAGGGUUUUUAGUGAAGUUGUUGGCAGUGUCAGGCAGCAUGGGACUAGAUUGCUUGAGUUUCUUGAUCUCUCAAAAACGUGACAAAGUAUUUUUUUCUGGAGAAAUGUAGUCCUGUUUUAUUUGCUAAUAAUUGUAAAUUUGUUUCUUCCCGUCCCAUUACUGGCUUUUGUUCGAUUAAAAACGGUAAAGUUGAAAUUCAUGUUCAGUUCACCCCUAUGUUUUAUUAUGCUUUUAUUAAACUUUUUAAUGUUUUGAAAAAUCAA